CAGUUCAUAGCUCAGAGGAAAUCGCUCAGUUGCUGUGUGGUCGUCGGCGAAAGCGGUCGCCCUACACAUAAAUAAUUUAAAUUGAAUUACGAAGACAUUUAUAUACUAUUACUUUAGCGAGUGAGAUGUUUAAGUGUAUUAAUUAAUUUUGAUUGAAGUCGUAAGUGCAUUUGGCAAGUGUUCUGUGCGUUUAUUUAUAGGCUAUAUUUUGGGACAGUGAUAAUACUUUUGAAAUUACGCGCCCACAUUCUUAUCAUAUUUGUUUAAAGUUCAUUUAAAAGACGGAGGAUGGACAUCCGCCGGCCGACAUGUGCCCUCGCUGUACUUCUCGUCUUCUGUUUGACAGAACUUGCACAAUGCAUGAACGCAAAGAUAAACUUCAGGGAGAAGGAGAAACAGAUCCUCGACCAGAUCCUGGGGCCUGGCCGCUACGACGCCCGCAUCCGACCUUCCGGCAUCAAUGGAACUGGCGAUGCGCCAACGUUAGUGCGUGUCAACAUGUUUCUACGAUCCAUCAGCAAAAUAGAUGAUUACAAAAUGGAAUAUUCAGUACAGUUGACGUUCAGGGAACAAUGGUUGGAUGAAAGGCUGAAAUUUAAUAACUUAGGAGGACGUCUCAAGUACCUGACCCUGACGGAGGCGAACAGGGUGUGGAUGCCGGAUCUUUUCUUCUCCAACGAGAAAGAAGGUCACUUCCACAACAUCAUCAUGCCAAACGUAUACAUCCGAAUCUUCCCCAACGGGAACGUGCUGUACAGCAUCCGGAUCUCGCUGACUCUCUCCUGUCCCAUGAACCUUAAGCUAUACCCCCUCGAUAAACAGACCUGCUCCCUCAGGAUGGCCAGCUAUGGCUGGACGACUGAUGAUUUGGUGUUCCUCUGGAAAGAAGGUGACCCAGUCCAGGUAGUGAAGAACCUGCACCUGCCUCGCUUUACAUUGGAGAAAUUCUUGACUGAUUAUUGUAACAGCAAGACCAAUACUGGUGAAUACAGUUGCUUGAAGGUGGACCUGCUGUUCAAGCGGGAGUUCAGUUACUACUUGAUCCAGAUCUACAUCCCGUGCUGCAUGCUUGUCAUCGUCUCCUGGGUCUCCUUCUGGCUCGACCAGGGCGCUGUGCCAGCGCGUGUCUCACUAGGAGUAACAACGCUUCUGACGAUGGCGACGCAAUCAUCCGGUAUCAACGCGUCCCUGCCGCCGGUCUCCUACACCAAGGCCAUCGACGUGUGGACCGGCGUCUGCCUCACGUUUGUGUUCGGGGCAUUGCUGGAGUUCGCGCUGGUGAACUAUGCGUCCCGCUCCGACAUGCACCGCGAGAACCUGAAGAAGACGAGACGGGAGAUGGAGGCGGCGGCCAGUAUGGAUGCGUCAUCUGAUCUGCUGGACACGGAUAGCAAUGCCACAUUUGCUAUGAAGCCGCUGAUGCGCGCCGGCGUCGACUCCAAGAUGCGCCAGUGCGAGAUCCACAUCACCAGCAAACCCAAGAACUGCUGCCGCCUCUGGAUGUCCAAGUUCCCCACGCGCUCCAAGCGGAUAGACGUCAUCUCCCGCAUCACCUUUCCGCUCGUCUUCGCGCUCUUCAACUUGGCCUAUUGGUCGACGUACCUGUUCCGCGACGAGGACGAGGAGAAGUGAUUCUCGCGCGAAGCGUCGGGCGCGCCGCAACAAGCGCGGCUCGUGGUCGCCGUGCUCGCGCCGUACGCGCUGUUCGCGGUCGCCUACUGCGUCUGUCUGCGCCCGCCGCCGCGCCC